GCCUUGGCACGGCCCGGCGUAGCGGGAGCCGGAUGGGCGCGCGGCCUCCUCGCAGGCGGCGGGCGGGCGGCCACGCCCUGGGCGCCCGUGGGCCGGGCCUGCACUCGGCUGUGCGCUGGCUCGUCGGCUUGGGGGGCCGGGGCGAAGGGAGGUGCGAAUGGUCCCUGCUGGCGUGGCGUCUGGAGAGCCGCUAAGGGGCAGAGGCCCCAGGACAACCGGUGUCUGCCCCUGGAACGGGGUCACCGUAUGGCCUGUGGGUUGGGCAUCCAAGGGCGGGGCCUGGCGGCCAGUAGGGUGGGAGAUACGGAUGCAUCGCGGCAGGCCUGAGGCAGGGCAGCCCUACCUUAGCUCUGAAGGCCUGGGAAUGGGGACCAGGCUGAAGUCCCCACACCACCACCCCCGCCCAGGUGUCCGCUCCUGGGAUGUGGAUCCCAGCGUCUGCACCCUGGACGAACAGCUCAAGGUCUUUGUGUCGCGACACUCAGCCACCUUCUCCAGCAUCGUGAAAGGCCAGCGGAGCCUGCACCACCGCGGAGAGACUCUGGAAACGCUGGUCCUCCUGAACCCAUCGGACAGAUCCCUUUGUGAUGAGCUCCGGAACCUCCUGCUGGACCCAGCCCCUCAUAAGCUGCUGGUGCUGGCUGGACCCUGCCUAGAGGACACUGGAGACCUGCUACUACAGACAGGGGGCUUUUCCCCCCACCACUUUCUUCAAGUCCUGGAGGAUAGAGAGGUCCAGGAUGCCCUGGCCUCCUCAGCCCCAGCCACAGGCCAUCCCACCCUCACCAUUAUCUGCCCGACUUUUGGGGACUGGGCACAGCUGGCCCCCAACCUGCCAGGCCUGCAGCUCCGGCUGAACCCACCCUCCCGGUUGCCAGCCUCCGAAGGCCUGCGUGAGUUCCUGGAGUACCUGGCUGAGUCCCUGGAGCCGCCAUCCCCUUUCGACCUGCUGGAGCCGCCAUCCUUCGGGGGCUUCCUCAGGCUCACAGCACCCUGCUGCUACAUCUUCCCCGGGGGUCUUGGGGAUGCAGCCUUCUUCGCAGUCAAUGGCUUCACAGUGCUGGUCAAUGGUGGCUCAAACCCCAAGUCCAGCUUCUGGAAGCUGGUGAGACACCUGGACCGUGUGGACGCAGUGCUGGUGACCCACGCGGGCAUGGACAGCCUCCCAGGGCUGAACAGCCUGCUGAGGCGCAAGGUGGCAGAGCGCGGAGAGGUGGAGGCUGGGGACCAGCAGGCGGGGAACAAGGAGAGAGGGGUCGGGUACCCGUCUGGUGGCUCAUGGCGGGACCAUUUGCGGCGCCUGGUGUCCCCUGCGCUGGGCAUCGUCUUCCUCAACGCCCGGGAAGCGGCAUCGAGGCUGAUGCGUGGCCCAGACGAGGCGGCGCUGGCCCUGGGCCUACUAGCCCAGCUGGGCAUCGAACCACUAUUGCUGCGCCGUGGGCCGCAGCCCGCCAAGCCCACUGUGCUCUUCCGGAAGAUGGGCGUGGGACGCCUAGACCUGUAUGUGCUGCACCCUCCGGAGUAUGGAGAUGAGGCUGGGGACCUGGACCGGGGUGCGGGCUCUGUGUGUGCUCUGCUCGUGUGGCUGCCUGCAGGCCCCACCGAGAAGGUGGUGCGCGUGCUGUUCCCAGGCCGCACGCCGCCCGCACGCCUCCUGGAGGGCCUGCUGGGCCUCCAGCACCUGGCUUUCCUGCGGGAGCCGGUAGUCACGCCCCGGGACCUGGAAGCCCCGCCGCGGGUGGAUAGCAGGGAGAGCCUGGGCUCCCGUGACGGUGUUGCCAAGAGGGAGUCACGUUCUGCUGGCCCCACGCCCUCCAGGCCCAGCACCGAGCGCCCUAUGCCAGCCCGGAAGGAGCUCGCCCGGGCCAAUCCCCCACACCGGGCUGAGAAGGAAACCAGACUGAUCAGAGAGGUGAAGAAGGACCCCAAGCUCGGCGCCCCCCGGAGCCAGCCCCAGGCCCCUGCCAGCACACCCAGCCUGAAGAAGGCGGCCUCCGCCCCCAGGCCCCGCAGGGCGCCAGGUACGCCCCAGCCCGCGACCCGACUGCUGCGGAACGGGCCCCGCAGUCCCCCUGCCCUGGUGUGUGGGGAGCCCAGCCCCCCUGGUGACCAGUGCCCAUCUCCGGCCACGCAGCUCCCCUCUAGUUCCGAGGGCUGCGCGGAGGCGGUGGCGCUGGAGCAGGAGCCGGCUGCAAUCCCCGAGCGGCCGCCCUCCCCGCCGCCCUCUUCCCCCGGCGGUCACCGCAGCCCUGAGCGCAGCCGCCUGUCCCUGAGCCCCCUACGAGGCGGAGACGCCUCGCCCACGGGCACCACACCCUCGCUGCCUGCUGAGGUGGGCUCUCCACACUCCACCGAGGUGGACGAGUCCCUGUCCACGUCCUUCGAGCAGGCACUGCCACUGGGCGAUGCAGGGCUGAGCCUCCCACUGCGCGGGCCCCGGGCGCACCGCUCCACGUCCCCACACGAUGUGGACCUGUGUCUGGUGUCGCCCUGCGAGUUUGAGCACCGCAAGGCCCUGCCGGCCGCGGCCCUGCCCACCUCUCCUGGCAGCUCCGACGGCAGCAGCCGCUCCCAGGAGCGCGCAGGCCCCGAGGAGACGCCGCCCACCUCAGUCAGUGAGUCGCUGCCCACACUGUCCGACUCCGAUCCCCUGCCCGCCGGUCCAGCACCCGACUCUGAGGAUGACACCCGGGCCCGCGACCCACUGCCAGAGCCCCUCCACGUGCCCCUGCCGCUGACAGGCCCAGCCAGCACUUGCAUGGUGGACCCCGCCAUGCCUGCCAAGUCAGCCCGGCAGAUGGAGACCAGCCGCUCCCGGAGGCCUCCGGCAGGGCCCAGCUCUGCCACCACCACAUCCAAGGCCACAUCCACAGCGGCCUCAAGAACCAAGGUGCAUGCCAGGGCUGACCGUGCCAGCCGGCCGCCCAGUGCCCGCAGUGAGCCUGGCGACAAAGGGGCUCGUGUGCCCCUGACCAGGAAGCCCUCCGCCCCCAAGACAUCCUCAAGGGGCCCCGCUGGCACCCCGCGGCCCACGCCAGCGCCUGUGUACUUGGACCUGGCCUACCUGCCUGGCGGUGCAGGCCAGGCAGAUGUGGAGUUCUUUCUGCGUGUGCGAGCCCUCUGCUACAUCAUCAGCGGCCGGGACCGGCAGCGGGAGGAGGGGCUACGCUCCGUGCUAGAUGCGCUGCUGGCUGGCAAGCAGGGCUGGGAGCGAGACUUGCAGGUGACCCUGAUCCCCACCUUCGACUCUGCUACAAUGCACCAGUGGUAUGAGGAGACACAUGCCCAGCACCAGGCGCUGGGCGUCACCGUGCUGGGCAGCAACAGCAUGGUGUCCAUGCAGGACGAGGCCUUCCCUGCCUGCAAGGUGGAGUUCUAGCUGCUGACCCCCUCUACACUGCCACCCAGCAAAAUAAACCUCCACCCUGCUCCAG